UCUGGGCAACCUGUUCCACUGCUUGAUUGUCCUUGUCAUGAAAAAGCUUUUCCCUAUAUCUAGCCUGAGUCUCCCCUCGUUACAAUCUAUGCCUGUUGUCGCUGGUCUUUCCACCAUGUCCCACUGUGAAAAGCCUGGCUCCAUCUUCUUGAUGGCCUUGUAGGUGUCUGAAGGCUACUGAAUUUCUCUCUAAGCCUUCUUGUCUUCAUGAAAGCAUUUAUUGCUUCAGGAAAUUUUGGUUGGCCACAAGUGAACAAUGUUACUUGUUUUAGUAAUUUAUCUUCAAAUAAUUUCUAGAUUAAUUGGAAAGGACCCCAGUGUUUACCACAUUGCAGAAUCAAUCAGUGGCCCACAUUUGUAAUGGUCUUGAGCCUGCCUAGCCACCUGUGAAACAAUAUUGCUAAGUACAGAGGUUCUCAUGCAUGGCUGACUCCUGUCUGUUCACUGUGAUAUCUAGCUGCUGGUUGUUUAAAUGUGUGUAUGAUAAAUACAAUUUAUUAUCUCCAGCCAGAGUAAAUCCAAAGAUCUUGUUUGUGGAGAUUUCUUGGGGUGGUAGCUCUAGCGCUAGAUGUCAUACAAAUAUUUCCAGGAUUAAUCUGUACCAGCCAUUAUGGGUCAUCUCGUCUUUCAUUUCAAGGUAUUUCUAAUCAUUCCCGUAUAGUUUAUUGUAGGAGAAGAUAGACAUCCACUGAAGUCUCUUACAACAGCAUAGCUUCUGGGAGGGCCAGGGUAUGAUACAGAUUUCUGAUGAGGGCCAAAAGGCUUGUUCUCAUCCAUGCUGAAUCCGCCAGGGAUCUCUGCACAGUCUGGAACCAUGCUAGUAAAAACAGUCUUAGGCUUGGACAUUUGUUUCCAUUUGCACCACUUCCUGGCCACCACAGCCUUGCAGGAAGCUCCAAGGAGAAAAUGGCACAACCUUAUGUUGAGUUUCUCUUGCUUGGAAGAUGGACGCUCUAUCAGUUCAAUGUCCCGUUUUCCCUCUUCUGCUUUUCAUGAAACAGGUUUAAACUGGAAUAAUGAGGUUCACACAUAUAACAGUGUAAGUAUAUUUUGUAAUAUCUUCCCAACUAAGAGAUUUUAUUGUUCUUACCUGGUUUACUCAAUCAUAGGAUGCAAGUGUUCUGUAUCAAUAGUAUAAACUGAGGGCAUGUCAACAGAAGAGUGUUAAGCUCUUGUAUGUGCCAGCUGGACCAACUAUUCAACUGGUGAAUACAGAUGUCAACAAAAAGAAAAUCUGGAAAUGACUUGAUAGCUGUGCCAUGCUUGGUAGCUCUGUAUGUAAUUUAUUUGUCUUUUCAAAGUUAAUUUUUAAUAACCACAACAAUUGAACUUCUAUUUUUAGAUGAUUUCAUAUUAAUCACUUUUAUUGUGGUUUAAAUCAAUGUUAAAUGAACUUUUUCCAAUGUUUUUUCUGUUUCACUUCCUGUAAUGUUUGCUUUGAAAUUUCACCAAUAAAGCAAGCAAUGUAGACUAGAAACUUAUAAUAGUUAUUAUUGGUGCCUUGAGUUGACACCAGCACAAUAAAAUUGAAAAUUUUUAACUAAAACUUUGUUUUCCCUUGCUCUCAGAGGCCAUGACCUGAGAUUUUCUAAAGAUUGUCUUCUCUUCAUGUUUUUUGGCAGCUUAACUGCUUCAUUUGACACAAACCAUAAACUAAGUAAAUACUUAUGUUUUGGGUCAAGAGGUUUACACAAAUAUAUUUAUAUUGAUAAAAAACUGAAACAGCAAGGUUUCUCCUUAUACCUCCAAUACAAUAACUAUAGAAUUCAAGGAAACAACAGCUUUUUCAUGGAAGCUGUCUAAGAAAAAUACCAUUAAAAUCUUAAGGCUCUUUAAAACCUUUAUCUGAAAGGGCUCCAUCCUUUCACCUAUGCAAAUCAGUAAGUCAAAACGAUUGGUUUAAAUUUGGAGUGAGAACAAAAUCAACAGUAGAAAAUUGCCAGAUGGCAGUGUCAAGCUUGAAUAAAUACAAUAAGUUACUGUUACUUAUGUUUAGCAAACUUCUAAGUUAUUUCCUUAACUCUUCUCUGAAAUGCAGAGUUUAAAAGUCAUUUGUGGUGCAAGGCAAAUUCAAAACAAUUCAGUGCUUCCAUGUACAAGUUGUUCAGGCUGGAUUCAUACCCUAUGGAGGAACAGGCCCCUGGAUGCUUGCAUUCAGGUUGUCAUCUAGUUCUGUUCAAGGAAAUUUGUUCCAGAAAACUAGCCCUAGAAUUUGUCUUUCAUCAGAAAUUUGAGUAAGACAGGAUCAGCCAAGGUAUCUUUCAACCAUUUCAUUGCUUAUUUUAGAAAUAGCUUCUUUGUGUCUUUAAAUUAUUCUGCUACUGAUUAUAGUGGUAUUUUUUCUGGCUUUUGAAAUACAGAGUAGGAAACUAUGUCAGUUAUUUUAGGCUUAUCCUUUAUUUAGUAUCUGUCCAUGUUUAAGAAUUGUCAAGAACUGUAAAGACAACAGGUUGACCAAUUGGAGAAUGCUAAAUCCUUUGAUUUAUUCCAGGGAAUAUGGUGGACCAGCGUGUCCUAUCGAUAUCUGUCCUUUCCAGAAUGGCUCAGAUUUUCUGUGGGAUAGGCUGGGCCCCAGUGGUCAAUCACAUAAUAAUAUGUCAGCAGGGGGGGAGGAAGAAGUGAUAACUGAAGCAAAAAUCAAGGAGAUCCUGGUCAGAUCUGGAUUCAAAAUGCAUUUUGUGAGAAGAUUUGAAACUAACUGCAACCUUGCAUUCAAGGUUGGCAGGAAGCACUGGAACUGUAAGACCUUUGUGUUGACUUCCAAGUUCAGCUAUUCUCAAGAGUGGUUUUGCUUUCAACAUUUUUUAUUUAUAAUGUUUUCCUGCUUAGGUUCUGUUUAUUUUUUUAAUCAGAAAAUGGUUAGAGGAACAGCAGAAGAAUUUAGAUUAGACAGUAUGCUUUGUCAUCCCAUCAUCAAAAGUGAUCUGCUAGUAUUGUUAUUUUGGUAUAUUAUAUUUAUGCCUUUUUACCUGGCAGCCACAUUUCAUUUCCCAUGUGGUAAGGCCUGCUGAGCUCACUCUGCCAGAUUCAGAACUCACUCAGAAAUCAUGAGUCUUCAGUUUAAUUCCAGAUAUAUAGAUUUGAGGGGUUUUUUACCUGUGGAAAAACAUAAAUUCUGGUCUACUAUAAAGAAUCCUGCUUUGUUUAUUUCCUACAUUGUAAUCUGAAGCUAGGGCAAGAAGAACUUUGCAAACAGAGUGUUGAUGAUUUGUAUAAUUUGAUAUCUAUUGCUAUAUAUUUCUGUAGCUUUUCCAUGGGAGUAAAUAUGACAGUAUCAGCCACUUACAGACUGUUAAAUAUAACUUUUUGAGAGCACUGUAUGGAACUGUGUAUGUUUGUGAAAAUACUUUCUUAAAUGUGCCCUUCAUAAUUUUGCCCUUACUUUUAUCUGUAAGGUCAUUCAGCUGGAAAGUGGUUCAUCCCUAACUGCACAUCUACUCUGCAUUUUCUCUUGCACAUACAGUUGAUUUUUUUUUUUUUGGCUUCUUUCUACAGAAACCACUGCUUACUAAGUCAGCCACAGGACACAUCUUAUCUCAUAUUCUGCGUAUCACUUACAGUUCCCUCCAGCUGUCUGUUAUGUUUUAUUUCCCAUUAAUUGAUUUUUGUUGCCUGUUUUUUGAAAUACUUUUCAAAUAAUAGUAGUGGUAAAAAUGAUAACACCUCCUCUGAUAGGUGAUUCGAAAUGAUUUCCCUUGGCCAACCAAAUAGGAUACACCUCUAAUGUGACGUACUUUAAGUAGGAAUGUCUAAAGUACAGCAGUAAACACAUCUUGACAAGUUUCGUCACUCAGUUUGCAAAACCCUCAGAAAAUUAAGAUCCUACAAUUAAGCCUAAGCACUUUUUUUUAAGGAAAGAUAAUUUAGACUUCCAAGUUUGGCAGGUGGAAUGCUUUGUUGAGCAGAACAGAGGGGAACCUAAAAACAUUCACUGAUAUAUUUGUUCAUUAAUAAUUUAGUUAAUGGUUUAUUACCUUUAAUCAUGAUAACCUGCUUCAACUGGGGGAAUCUGUCUCAGCCCAUCAAAUGCUAUGUGAAUGUGUCUGCAUCCAUUCCAGAAAAUCAGUAGGCCAGCACUCUCCUAAACUGGUAGAAGUAGGUCCCAUAAACUGUAACACAAGAAAUGUCUCACCUGUGGCAGAAGUCUCACCUGUGACAGGCAGUGUGACAGGCAGUUGUGUAAACAUUCCAGGCCCAUCUACCCAUCACAUUUUUCAGGGUACGGAACGACAGGUUUUACCUUUCAGUUAUGAAAGUCAGAAGCAAGACAGAGUCUCUUGCUAGAAUCUCUGAAAGUAAUUGUUGCCCUUAACACAGGCCACCGGGAGGUCUGCCAUCAGUGGUGAGUAAAUUUGGCAUCUCAGUCGCUUCAGAGCAGUUUGCUUGAUAACACUAUUGCAGGUCAAUAUUACCAAUUCCACUAUAGCUUCUAGCUCCUGUGUGUUUUACUUCAGCUAAAAGAAUCAACAGAGCACCAAAGCUCUAACCUGAGUCUUUGCAUGUUGCACUUCUCUACUAAUCUCUUUCUCUCCCCCAGUUGCAGCAACAGAGCAAUCCCAAAGUCCAAGAUGAUCUACUGGGAGUUCUCCACAAUAUGUGUCACUUUUCAGAGUGACAACUGGCCUUCUGCUGCCAGUCUUCUUCUGGGUGGGGAUGUCUGGCCCUAGGCGAGGAUGGCAGGUACAGAGUUUCCCAGAAAUGGAUAUGAAUAAAAACAGUUUUUCAUUUGAAAGUAAGCGAAAAACAGUCCUGAAUAUUAAGCAAAGGAAGGACAUCUGUAUGCAGAACUUUUUAAUAGGAAGGGAGUUUGGUAACAAAAUUGCAGCCCUAGCCACCCAGUUUUCUUGCUGUGUGUGUAUGUUUUCUUUCAGAAGCAGUCUGACAUAGAUGCCACUAAGGAAGAAGCCAUAAGGCUCUUCCUACAGAAAGAUAUGCAACCCCAGCUCAUUUUCAGUGCAUGAAAAUCAUUAAGGCUCCCAUGAGUGAGUCCGUGGUACUUUUUUAGCUAACGGUUAACCUUUAGCCCUCCUUCCCUGUAUGCAUUUGGAUUAAAAGGGCAAUAUGAAGAGUGAAAGCAGCAAACAUGAGUGGUUCAUUCCCUAACUCAAUGGACUAAGCGUUUUUUUCAAGUGUGGAAUCAUCUGACAAAGAAUUCAGGACCAGCUGGCCAGGCAGUGAGGGGACUGAACUUACUAGGGUUAGAAAAGAAAGAGAAGCUGUCUUGUGUCCAGGCUGAAUUCAGGAUGUUUAUGAACUCCAUCAUGCUGUGUUCACUGCUGCCACCGAUGUUUGUAUGGUACAGACAGCAGCUAUUGACUUUUCCAUUUUUUCAGCUCCAUACUUUUCUUUGUUCUGGGAAGUCUACAGUAAUUAGAGAGUUUAUGGUGUUUUCCUGUACAGAAGUCUAAUGUUUAGAGUAAGGCUUUACUAGUCAAGACUUAGAGAGUCUGUUCCUGUCUCUGCAUUUGUGUCACCCUGGGUAAGUGAUUAAACCACACAUUUACCUCAGCUUCCCAGCCUGGAAAAUGAUACCUACCUCAGAGGGCUUAUGUCAAGCUUCAUUAAUUUGAUUGAGAUCUCUGGAUAAAAGGUGUUUUAAUAAGAGCAAAAUAUUAUGAUUCAUGUUCUUAUUAAGCCAUCAAUGCUCUCCAUUUAUUUUUGAUAAAGAACAGACGUGGAGGGGUAACAUUUGUCUGUGUUUGUCUCAUUUUGUACAGGCCUGAUGCCUGUAUGCUCUGUUAGAAAAAUCCCUGUGGCAGUAGCGGGGAACAUGGGGGUGUGAUUGCUGGGUGCCCUGGCUAGAGCGUGCCUUGGAACAGUAACCUAGUAAGGACUGAGCAGGGACCUCAGAGCAGCACCAGCAGCAUGCCCCUCCUCACGGUGCACAGCCGGCAGAUCAGCUGGACUCUGCUGCUGGUACUGGGAUAUCUCUUUUACCUCCUCCUGGGCGCUGUGGUGUUCCAGCUGCUGGAGAAGCAGGCAGAGGCCCACUCUUGGGACCGGUUCCAGCUGGAGAAGCUCAAAUUCCUGCAGAACUACACAUGCUUGGAUAGGCAAGCCCUGGAGCAGUUUUUGCAGGUGCUCAUGGAAGCAUGGGAAAAAGGGGUCAACCCCGAAGGAAACUCUACCAAUCCCAGUAAUUGGGACUUUGGCAACUCCUUCUUCUUUGCAGGAACUGUUGUUACCACUAUAGGUUAUGGUAACCUGGCCCCCAGCACAGUGGCAGGGCAGGUGUUCUGUGUGUUUUAUGCCUUCUUUGGAGUGCCGCUCAACCUGGCCUUCCUUAAUCAGUUGGGAAAAGGACUCAAUGCUCAUCUGAUUACUCUGGAAAGAUGGGUGCACAAGCCAGGCCGUGCCCAGGUGUUUCAGACACUGGCAAUGGCCAUCUUCCUGACCACUGGGACCUUGCUUUUUCUAGUGUUCCCGCCACUGAUCUUCAGUUAUGUAGAAGGCUGGAGCUAUGGAGAAGGCUUUUAUUUCACCUUCAUCACCCUCAGCACCAUUGGAUUUGGGGACUAUGUAGUAGGCACAGACCCCAACAAGAACUAUAUCCCAGUUUACAGGAGCCUAACUGCAAUUUGGAUUGUUUUUGGUUUGGCCUGGCUAGCUCUGGUCUUCAACGUGGGAGCUGACAUGAUGGAAAAAGUCCUUCAGCUAAAGUGGCACAAGCCUGCCUUAGGCUUGGUGGAAGGAGCUGCCACCAAAUUGGAAGAGGAACCUGAUGGGCCUAGAAUCCACAUACCUACCUGAGCAAGGUACACAGAAAGCAGUGUUGAAAGAGCAACAUUUCCCAUCUCUACAUCUCACACUAAGCAAGCCUUAUGGACAAAGGACUAAACCAGAGGUUGUGGAGUAUUUCCUAAGGAGGAAGUAUUUCAGAUGCUUGGAAAUUUCCAUGCAUUGUAAAGGCAUUUGCCAAUCCAAAGAAAUGCCACUCAUGGUAAAAAUACUGUCCCAGGAUUCAUUUAGCAUUUCUCACUCAACAAUGCCCUUGGGCAAUUUCCCCUGAAGUAAUUAAUUAAUAUCUUUUUUCUGUUGAAAUUCAGUUCUGGUGGUCAGCAGUCUUUAAAAAAUCCAUGGUGGCUGCCUCCCAGACCUGUCACCAAGACUCUCAAGUUGAAAAAGCAAGUACAGAAAUCUUACCUCUCUUCCAAGCAGAAAACAAACAAAAAUCCAGAGAAGUAUCAACAGUAAUGGCCAGGCACUUAAUGACAUCCGUCCAAUGAAUCACAGAAUCACAGAAUGGCUGAGGUUGGAAGGGACCUCUGGAGAUCAUCUAGUCCAACCCCCCUGCUCUAGCAGGGUCCCCUACGGUGCAUUGACCAAGACCAUAUCCAGAUGGCUUUAGAAUAUCUCCAAGAAUGGAGACUCCACAACCUGUUCCAGUGCUCAGUCAACCUCACAGUAAAGAAGUUUUUCCCCAUGUUCAGAUGGAAUUUCCUGUGUUUCAGUUUGUGCCCGCUGCCUCUUGUUCUAUCGCUGGGCACCACUGAGAAGAGUCUGGCCCUGUCCUCUCUACACCCGCCCUUCAGAUACUUAUACGCAUUGAUAAGAUCCCCCCUCACUCAGUCUUCUCCUCUCCAGGCUAAACAGUCCCAGCUCUCUCAGCCUUUUCUCAUAGGAGAGAUGCUCCAGUCCCUUAGUCAUCUAGUAGCCCUCCACUGGACUCAAUCUGAUAGCUCCAUAUCACUCUUAUACUGCAGAGCUCAGAACUGGACACAGUACUCACCAGGGCUGAGUAGAGGGGGAGGAUCACCUCCCUUGACCUACUGGCAAUACUCUUCCUAAUGCAACCCAGGAUGCCAUUGGCUUUCUUGGCCACAAGGGCACAUUGCUGGCUUAUGCUCAACCUUUUGUCCACCAGGACUGCCAGGUCCUUCUCUGCAGAGCUGCUUUCCAGCAGGUCAGCCCCCAGCCUGUCCUGGUGCAUGGGGUUAUUCCUCCCCAGGUUCAGGACUCUGCACUUGCCCUUGUUGAACUUCAUGAGGUUCCUCUCUGCCCAACUCUGAAUUCAGCCUGUCAAGGUCCCUCUGAAUGGCAGCACAGCUCUCUGGCAUGUCAGCCACUCCUCCCAGUUUUGUGUCAUCAGCAAACUUGCUGAGGGUGCACUCUGUCCCUUCAUCCAGGUCACUGAUGAAUAAGGUGAACAAUACUGGACCCAGUAUUGACCCCUGGGGGACACUGCUAGCUACAGGCCUCCAACUAGAUUUUGCACCCCUCAUCACAACCCUCCGAGCUCUGCCAUUCAGCCAGUGCUCAAUCCACUUCACUGUCCACUCAUCUAGCCUGUACUUCCUGAGCUUACCUGUGAGGAUGUUAUGGGAGACAGUGUCAAAAGCCUUGCUGAACUCAAGGUAGACAACAUCCACUGCUUUCUCCUCAUCUACCCAGCUAGUUAUCCCAUUGCAGAAGGCUAUCAGAUUGGUUAAGCGUGAUUUCCCCUUGGUGAAUCCAUGCUGACUACUCCUGAUCACCUUCUUAUGCCUCACAUGCUUAGAGAUGACAUCCAGGAUGAGCUGCUCCAUCACUUUUCCAGGGAUCAAGGUGAGGCUGACUGGCCCGUAGUUCCCUGGGUCCUCCUUCUUGCCCUUUUUGAAGACUGGAGUGACUUUGGCUUUCUUCCAGUCCUCAGGCACCUCUCCUGUUCUCCAUGUCCUUUCAAAGAUGAUUGAGAGUGACCUAGCAACGACGUCUGCCAGCUCCCUCAGCACUCAUGGGUGCAUCCCAUCAGGGCCUGUGGAUGUCAAGUUUGCUUAAAUGAUCUAACCCAAUCCUCCCUGACUAAGGGAAAGUCUUCCUUUCUUCAGACUUUCCCCCUGGUCUCAAGGGUCUGGAAUUCCUGAGGGCUGGUCUUAGCAGUAAAGACUGAAGCAAAGAAGGCAUUCAGUAUCUCUGCUUUCUCUGUAUCCUUCUUCACCAGCACCCCUGAAGCUUCAUCUGAUAAUUAUCUGAAAUUAACAGCCUUCAUCCUACAUAUAUAAAAUGCUAACAUUUCUUUAGUCCCUUGACUAAAACACUGAAUACUCUUAAAUUGUGCAGAAAGUGUGUCUAUCCAGCACUGCCUGAAUUGUUGUAAUUCCAUUCAGAACAAACUGACAGCUGAGAGCAAGUUGUUAUCUCAGUUCAUUUCACAACCACUUGAAAACAGCAGCACUUUAAACCAAAUCUUAAUGCAUGCAGACUUCCUUAUUUCCAGCUAGUUAACAAAUAUGUUAGAGUCUAGUAUUUGCUUUGGGCCAGUUCACUGAAGAACUGUCAUGUAUUAUGCAAACUGAUGCUGUCCAUUUACCUCUAAACAAGGCUGAUAGGCUCUGUGUUAGAUCUGGUCUUUGGUCAUGUGUAUAGCAUUACCAGUGAGAAUAAGGGGUUUGAUUUUAUCAUGGUUAUUGUAAGUUAAAAGUAGCAGCAGUCAUUUCCAAAGGGGCAGAAAAGCUAAAGGACAUACAAGCACCUUGUAACAGGCUUGUUAUUAAAAUAUAAAACUGUAGUCAUACUUUCUAUUGAAAUAAACUAUGGAAACUUGAUAAAACAAUUGUUACUAGUUCUGUCAGAUAACCGUCAGUUCCAUGGAUAUGCUUCUAAUUACUUACAUACUGCUAUUCAUUCAGUAUGUUUAUAACUUGUAUUAACCAUUAAUUAAUCCUUUUAAAACUCAUUUAUGAGUGGAACUUUAAUAUAAGGUAUGACUGAAAUAUGACUGGGCAUGCAGACUAGCCCCAAGCUAGCCUAUGGCUGAUGGAAUACAGUAACAUCAAAUGUCAGCCCUUCGGCAACUGCUUUGAUAUUUCAUUUUGGGGAAGUGUCCAAAAAACAUGUGGAGACUUGUGUGAGGGUUACAAAUCUCUUCCCACAUGUCUUCUGAGCUGGAUUUCGACUUCUGAGGAGAGUCAUAACAGAUGCUUAUUCUUGCAUCUUACCUGGGGCUUGUUUUCCUUUCCAGUUGUUGACUCCUGCACAUUACAGCCUGGCUGCUCAAAUCUGAAUGCUGGCAUGUAAGAAUGCCAACCAUCAGAUUUAUUUGACUCCUUUGAAAACUGUGACGUGCUUAUCCCAUCUAAGAUUUCACCCAUGUCUUACCACCACCUACCUCACAGAUUUUAUCUCCUCAGUCUUUGCACUGAUCUUCCUCUAUGCCGUCAGCUAUUCCCAUAAGUUUGUGCAACAACUUUCUUUGUAGCCUCUUUCCCUGAGAGCAGCCAAGUCUGUCCUGUCUGGCUUUUUGUAUCUUUGCAAAUCUCAUGAGAAACAUUCUCUCUCGGUCUUCUCUUUCCUUCGGACAUAAUGCUUGUAUAUUCACUUGGUAUCGUCAUUACAAUUGCUGUAUUCUGCAACUGUCUUGUGUCAACACUGUAGAACAUUUUACCCUUGUUUGUGUGAAAGACAAAGUUCUACUGACUUUUAUAUCUAAUCAGUUCUAUUUACCUUUCUUUUUUUCCAUGCCUUCCUUACUUUAUCUAGUCACAGCAAGCCAUAAAACAUGCAACAGUCUAUAGGUGAUCAUAUAACAUAUUUUACCCUGCUUUGCAUGCCAUAAAAAGUGAUAAUAAGAUUGAUCAGAUAUACCAAGCAUGCACCACUUACUGCCAGAGUAUUUGCUAUGAUCUCUCUUCCUUGACAUCUGACAGCCGUGAGUCGGAACUGCUGUUACCUCAGUCCGGUAAGUUGUUCCUGUACCUGAUACUGAUUUUGCAAAGGAGCAGCACAGUGAGAUUAGGGUCUGAAUUUUUUUCUGCUGCUGCUGCUUUUAGUAAGGCUAAGAGUAGCUGCAGCAGCUCUCAAGCUGCCUGCCGGAAGAUUCAGAAAGAUACCUCAAGUCAAGCGUAUAGCCAUGUCAGAAAAGAAAAGAUACUGACGACCUCUCCUGUGUCACACAGGUGAUAGAAAUCUUCUGUUCACCAUUGUAAUUUUUUCAAGAUCCAGAGAAGAUCCUAAAUGUCAAGCACAUCCGUAAUCAAGGUUGAUUUGAGAUUCAUACUGAGAGCACAGGCCCAGUUCUUGUGCAUGGAUGCAUAAGUACCCUUUCCAGCACCCUUCCUCUAAGUAACAAAAACAUAGUAAACAGGAAACAACCGAGCAGCUAAGAAAAACAAGUUGGAAGCACUGUGCCUACUAGAGCCUACUGGGAGUCAGAGGAGUGCACAAAGGGGACUCUCUUACUCUCUUUCUAAUCCGUUUUACCAACGGUGCACACAAUGGAGAUCACACAACCUGCUGCAAGAUGCUCAGCCAGGAUGCAUGGAAAACAACACUUCUGAAGACUGUGAAUUUAGCUCUGCAGCCUGUGGCAGAAGCACUGUCCCAGGCAGGGUUCAUCUGCAGUGUGGAAAAGAAGCACCUUGUCUUUAACAGCCACCACUGCAUCCUAGUGCACGACAAGAAACAACACCUCUCCUCAAGCAACAGUCCUUCCAAUCUUACACUUAUCCUUUAGCCCUGCUCUGCAAGCCCUUUCUCAGCCUUGGACCUAUCAGUACCUUCCAGAAAACACUAAUAUAUCAUCUGCAAAUAUUUGAGCCAAUCUCUCAAUCUUUAGAUCUGGGAAUGCAAAUAGGAGGCUGACACACCUGUAUCUCCCUCAAACCUAACACAUUUUUGUGACUGCAAAGUGACAUUUUUGAGAAUUUUGAAGUAAAUCAGCCAAUCAGUUCAUGAAAAUACUAAAUGGUUCUUCAAAGACUUGUCGUGAAUCUUAAUCUCUUCUCUUCCUCCCCAAAUUCCUUCUAGCAAGCAUGUUCUUGAUGCCCUAGAUUUGAAAACAUUCUUGCUUGUAGUUACAAACCCUACAUCUCACCUCUAUUUUUUUCACAUAAUUUAUCUUCUGUGUACACAUUAAAUGCUAUAUGUUUAGUCAGUAACAUUUCAGCAUGGUUGUAUUUAGAAGUGUGCUUUGUAUAAACUAUCUGAUUUUAAUGUGGUUAUAAUGUAAAAAUGUAGUUCAAAUGUAUCUAUUCCCGCAUCUUAAAUGAAAGAGGAAACUGUGAGUA